AUGGGUUCCAAAAACGCCCGCGGUCAAGCACCAGUCAAGCGCGCAGCUCAAAAAGAAGCACAGAAGCAACAUGCUCAGCAAGCCAAGGCCCAACAGUUGGUACAAGAGAAGGCUUUGGCUCUUCAAUGCAUCUUCAACUUUGACUACACCACUUUACCUAAGCACGCUGCACUCAAGGUAGUAAAAGACGCCGGCACCGAAACUGUCAAGUUGCACAUCAACAUUGACAUCAUUCAUCAUCAAAAGACAGCCAACGAAGGCAAUCUCAAUGUUGUUCUUUCCAAGUAUGCGGAUCUCAUCACAAAGAUUCAGUUCAGACUAGUCGCUCCAACAUAUCACGAAUCCUCUGAGGUUUACAAUCUUCGAGUCAGAAACAUGAUGCGGACUAUGAACUGCCUUAACAAAUUCAAGAUCGACGAGUUCCAGUUUGUGAUCUCACUCAACAACGCCUUUAACCUCCAUCAAAUAAAGCUCGCAGCUUCAGCAUUUGGCUUGAACUUCAAGGAAUGGACAAUGGUUGCAGAGAUUCUUAGAUUUAAGGGUAGAUUCAGUGUUGAUAUUGGUAGUCCAUGGGACCGUAGAUUGGCUGGUUUGUACAAGACCCAGUUCUUAGUUCACAAGGAGAAGUGA